AUGAAGCACAGGCAAAGACUUAUAUUUGUAUAUAUUCCCUCAAUUGUUCUAUUGUUAUCAAAUCAAAUUAUUGUCUCGCUCUGAGUUUGAAGCUUCGUAACUCAGAGAAAUACACAUAAACAGUGAUAUCGAGCUUUGAUACAGAGACGCUGAUUCUAUUUUUCUUGAUGAUCAAGUUUUUCUGAGAGUUAAUUUGCUGGCUUUUGAAAAAGAAGAAAGUUUAAACUAUGGCAGGAGGAAGCGAAGGGAGAUCUUUAGAAGAAACACCCACCUGGGCGGUGGCUGUGGUUUGUUUUAUUUUGGUUCUGAUAUCAAUUUUCAUCGAACACAUAAUUCAUCUUAUUGGUUCGUGGUUGAAAAAGAAACACAAGAGAGCUCUUUAUGAAUCACUCGAAAAGAUCAAAUCAGAGCUUAUGUUGCUGGGGUUCAUAUCGUUGCUGCUAACAGUAGGGCAAAGUCUAAUAGCGAAUAUAUGCAUAUCAGAGAGUGUCGCAAGUACAUGGCAUCCAUGUAGUAAGGAGCAAGAUGAGCAAAUGACGGAGGAAACAGAAGAAGAAACAGAUUCUGAAAACCGCCGAAAACUUCUCUCUGUGAUCGCCUCCGGUGGAACCUUUCGACGAUCUUUGGCCACCGCAGCCUCAACUGAUAAAUGUGCAGAAGAGGGAAAAGUUCCAUUUAUAUCAUCGGAUGGUAUUCAUCAACUCCACAUUUUCAUCUUCGUGUUAGCCGUUUCCCACGUUCUUUACUGUGUUCUAACCAUGGCGUUGGGAAGAGCCAAGAUGAAAAGAUGGAAGCACUGGGAGAAAGAAACAAGAACAGCAGAGUAUCAGUUCUCGCACGAUCCUGAGAGGUUCAGGUUUGCAAGAGAGACAUCGUUUGGCAGAAGGCAUUUGAGCUUCUGGACCAAGACACCUGGCCUCAUUUGGAUUAUUUGUUUCUUCAGGCAAUUUGUUCGCUCAGUUCCCAAAGUCGAUUAUUUAACUUUACGACAUGGAUUUAUUAUGGCACAUUUGGGUCCCCAAAGCCACACCAAAUUUGACUUCCAAAAAUACAUCAAUAGGUCACUGGAAGAGGAUUUCAAGGUGGUUGUGGGAAUAAGUCCACCAAUCUGGUUCAUUGCUGUGAUUUUCCUACUCUUCAACACUCACGGCUGGCAUUCUUACCUAUGGCUCCCGUUUAUUCCACUCAUUGUGAUACUGCUUGUGGGAACAAAGCUGCAGGUGAUUAUAACCAAAAUGGGACUGAGAAUUAUGGAGAGAGGAGAAGUUGUAAAGGGUGUGCCUGUGGUUGAGCCUGGCGAUAACCUGUUUUGGUUCAACCGUCCUCAGCUUAUUCUUUAUCUCAUCAAUUUCGUUCUCUUUCAGAAUGCCUUUCAGCUUGCUUUCCUAGCAUGGACCUGGUUUGAGUUUGGAUUGAAAUCGUGCUUCCUUGAGAAUACGGAGGAUGUGGUCAUCAGAGUUACAAUGGGGGUUAUCAUUCAAAUUCUUUGCAGCUAUGUUACUCUCCCUCUAUAUGCCCUUGUAACACAGAUGGGAUCAAACAUGAAACCAACCGUAUUCAACGAAAAAGUAGCAACAGCCCUCAGGAAUUGGCAUCACACUGCUAAGAAACACGUUAAACAGAACAAGGGCUCCCUUUCUACCACCCCUUUCUCUAGCAGACCAACCACCCCUUCUCACCACGCGUCUCCGGUGCACCUCCUCCGCUACCACCAGAGCGAAAUGGACAGCUCCCACACCUCACCUAGAAUGUCCAAUUUCGAUAUCGAGCUAUCUGAAGCCGACUCUCCGUCAACUUCGUAUCAUCACUACCGGGGUGAUGGUUCAUCAUCAUCAGCUAACAAUAAUGUUACUGAUCAACAAAAUUACUAUCUGGAGUAUGAUCCGGAAGUCAAUGAGCCGGAUCAACAACAGCCUGUGCCCGAUCAACACCGGAUUGAUAUCUCCAAAGAUUUUUCAUUCGAUAAAAGGACAAGAAUAUAAGCAUUAAUAAGGAUUUAAUUAAUUUUAUAAUUAAAGAUGCAUACUGUGGAUUUACUACGUAAACUGCGACUAAACGGACGAUGACAUAAGAAUUCUAUUGGCCUUUAGGUUCAUUAAGGCCUUUGAUUUUGCAUGAACUUGUAUAGUAUGGUUCUUUGUUCUUUCCACGAUAGUCCACGCACAUAUUUGAAGAAAACUGUAUUCAGUUUUCACUGCCUUUUGUUUGUGUAAAGUAAUUUUCUGGAUCUGCAAUUAAUUAUCAAUUUUUUUCA